GCUAUGGCGGAUAAGUGGGGACACAGGGCCGUUAAAGAUGUUGUCAUGUUGAGAGGGUGAGUUUUUUCGGGGGAGAGAGAGGGAUUCUACGAUGGCUUCAACUGUCAUUUCUUCUUCUUCUGCGUCAACAAAAGCUUUGCUUUCUCACAGAAAAGCUUCGGUUACUACUCUCCAAAGCCAUGAAAGGACCUUCUCUUCUUCUCUUUUCGGUACUAGACCAGGUAUUACGAGAAGAGCAAUAACCACAACGACGACGACGACGACAACUAGGCCUGUGAUCAGAAGAGGUGCGAGGCACAGUGGGGUUAGAUUCUCAGUUUGUUCAGCUCUUCCAUCGGCUCUCCUCUUUGACUGUGAUGGGGUGCUCGUCGAUACUGAGAAAGAUGGUCAUCGCAUCUCCUUCAACGACACUUUCGCCGAGAGAGAAUUGGGUGUUACCUGGGAUGUGGACUUGUAUGGCGAGUUGCUCAAAAUUGGGGGUGGAAAGGAAAGGAUGACAGCUUAUUUUAACAAGACUGGUUGGCCGGAAAAAGCUCCAAAGAGUGAAGAAGAAAGGAAGGAAUUCAUUGCUUCUCUUCACAAGCGAAAAACUGAAUUGUUCAUGGUCCUGAUUGAGAAAAAACUGCUGCCUCUUCGACCCGGUGUUGCAAAACUUAUUGAUCAGGCUUUAGGGAAGGGGGUCAAUGUUGCUGUCUGCAGCACUUCCAAUGAGAAGGCGGUCUCUGCAAUAGUUUCAUGCUUGCUGGGGCCUGAGCGAGCAGAAAAAAUCAAGAUAUUUGCAGGCGACGUGGUUCCUCGAAAAAAGCCUGAUCCAGCCAUUUAUACGUUAGCAGCUAGCACUUUGGGUGUUGAACCUUCAAGAUGUGUGGUGGUAGAGGACAGUGCCAUUGGUCUUGCAGCUGCCAAGGCUGCUGGAAUGAAGUGUAUUGUAACAAAGAGCGGAUAUACAGCUGAUGAAGACUUCUUGAAUGCGGAUGCUGUUUUUGACUGCAUUGGAGAUCCCCCUGAGGAACGAUUUGAUUUGGCAUUUUGCGGAAGCCUUCUUGAGAAGCAGUACGUUAGCUAGGUGGAAGAAUUCACGUUACUCCUCCAUAUGUCAACUACUAUUACUCCAUUCUAUUGCAAGAGUGUUGUUUUUGAAUAAUAGGGAUAGAGUUGAGGAAUCCAAAAGGGAUGUAACAUUUCUCAAUUCCCCACUAUCUUAAACCUGGAAACCAGGCCACAUCCUUCUCCUAAAUCAAUGUUAUUUCUUCCUCAAUUCAUUCAAAA